AUGAGGGGAAGUCAAUUUCCCAACCCAGUCUUGAUUCUACUGUUUCUGCUUCUUCCCAGAGAUGCUUUGGCUACUGCAAAAUCGCAAUACAUGGUUCUGGUCCCAUCACAGCUCUAUGCUGGAGUUCCUGAAAAGGCCUGUGUCAUCCUGAAUCACCUGAAUGAGACGGUGACACUGAAUGUGAAUCUGGAGUAUGGAACACAGAGCAGGAACCUCCUUACAGAGCUGGUGACAGAUAGGAACUCCUUCCACUGCAGCCCCUUCAUUAUUCCAGAGUUGCCAUCUUUUGCAGCGUUUAUUACCGUGCUGAUAAAUGGGACAACCCAGCAUUUCAUAAGCAGGAAGUCAAUGUACAUAAUGAAAGCAGAGAGCCUGGUCUUUGUCCAGACAGACAAACCCAUAUACAAGCCAGGACAAACAGUGAGAUUCCGCAUUGUCUCUGUGGAUAUCAAUUUUCACCCAUUGAAUGAAACGUUCCCAGUCAUUUAUAUUGAGAAUCCGAAGAAGAACCGAAUUUUCCAAUGGCAAAAUAUCAAUCUGCAAAGGGGACUUACCCAACUCUCCUUCCCACUGUCUGUGGAGCCCUUCCUGGGUCUCUACAAAGUCAUUCUGGUGAAAGAGUCUAGAAAAAUAAUACAGCACUCCUUUGAAGUGAAAGAAUAUGUUUUACCCAAAUUUGAGGUCCAAGUAAAAAUGCCCAAGACUAUUCCUUUUCUAGAUGAAGAAUUUGAGGUAUCCGUCUGUGGCUUAUACACAUAUGGAAAGCCUGUCCCUGGUCUGGUGACAAUUAAUGUAUGCAGAAAAUAUUCCCAAUACCGUUCUACUUGCCAUGGCAAACAUUCACAAAAUAUCUGUGAAGAAUUCAGCCAACAGGCAGACAAUAAAGGAUGUUUCACACAACUGGUAAAAACUAAAGUGUUCCAACUGAGACAAAGGGGCUAUGACAUGAGAAUACAAGUAGAAGCCACAAUCAGAGAGGAAGCAACAGGAUUAGAAUUAACUGGUUAUGGAUCAAGUGCAAUCACAAAUACCUUGAGCAAACUGAAAUUUACUAAAGUGAAUUCACAUUACCGACCUGGACUUCCUUUUCAGGGACAGAUUCUUCUAGUUGAUGACAAGAAUCAGCCAAUCCCCAAUCAAAACGUAAUUGCCAGUGUGAACAGCUUUGUUUCCAGUUUUACUACGGAUGAGCAUGGUUUGGCCAACAUUUCCUUCAACACCAUGAACUUCACAACGCCUUCCAUUGUCGUCACCGUUACUUACAAACAGAAUACUAACUGCUUUGAUGACUGGUGGCUUGAUGAAGUUCAUGAAAGAACACAGCACUCUGCAAGCCUCAUGUUUUCCCCAAGCAGGAGUUAUGUUCAGCUUGAACUUGUUGCUGGUACUUUGACCUGUGGGCAAACCCAAGAGAUUCAGGCACAAUACAUCUUGAAUGAACAGACCCUGAAGGAUGAAAAAGAGUUAACCUUCUAUUAUUUGAUAAAAGCAAGAGGAAGCAUCUCCAAAUCAGGAAUCCAUGUAUUGUCCAUUGAAAAAGGAAAUGUGAUGGGGGCAUUUUCCUUCUCCUUUCAAGUGGAACCAGACAUUGCUCCUACUGCUCAGAUUCUUCUUUACACUAUUUUACCUAAUGGAGAAAUUAUUGCAGACACUCAGAAACUCGAAAUUGAAAACUGUUUUGCGAACAAGGUAAAUUUGAGUUUCUCAUCAGUCCAGGGCUUGCCAGCCUCAGACAAUCACCUGAAGGUCAAAGCCACGCCCUUCUCCCUCUGCGCCCUCAGGGCUGUAGACCAGAGUGUGCUGCUAAUGAAACCUGAAGCUGAGCUUUCACCUCAGUCGGUCUAUAAGUUACUACCAGAAAAGAGUGUUGUUGGCACUGGAUACAGAGGUACACCAAAUGCAAAUGGUGAAAAAUGCAUCCAUGCAAAAGACAUAAUUCUCAAUGAAAUGGUAUACACACCAAAGCAGCUACUACAUAAUGAUGAUGUUUACAGAAUUUUUGAGUCUAUAGGAUUAAAUAUUUUUACCAAUUCAAAAAUCCAUAAGACACAUUUUUGCCAACCUCCUCAUCGUUUUACACCAGUAGCUAUGGCCUAUGAAGUAGAUGGCUUUCGUUCUGGACUGCGAAGUCUUCCAAGGUUGACUUCCUCAAUGCCGACAGACUUUCCAACUACACAAGUGAAAGAGACAGUCCGGAAGUAUUUCCCUGAGACCUGGAUCUGGGACUUGGUGGACCUGGAUUUGUCAGGGCAGAGCGAGUUGCCCCUGAAGAUCCCUGACACCAUCACAGAGUGGAAGGCCAGUGCACUCUGUCUGUCUGGAACCACAGGGCUUGGUCUUUCCCCAACGGUCUCUCUUCAAGUCUUCCAGCCCUUCUUCCUGGAACUCACUCUCCCCUACUCUGUGGUGCGAGGAGAAAUCUUCACCCUCAAAGCCACUGUGUCCAACUACUUGUCCCACUGCAUCCAGGUCAGAGUGCAGCUGGAGGUCUCUUCUGCUUUCCUGGCCAUCUCAGAAGAGAAUAAUGAAAAAUCUCACUGUGUCUGUGGAGAUAGGCAGAAGACUGUGUCUUGGUCCGUGAUCCCAAAGUCACUGGGAAAGGUGAAUUUCACAGCUACUGCAGAUGCCCUGCAGUCUCAGGAAACAUGUGGCAAUGAGGUGACUGAAUUUCCAACACUUGUACAUAAGGACACUGUGAUAAAGUCCUUAAUAGUUGAGCCUGAAGGAAUAGAAAAAGAAGAAACUUACAACACACUGUUAUGUGCAUCAGAUACUGGAGUGUCUGAAAAGCUGUCACUGAGAGUUCCUUUAAAUGUGGUUGAAGGAUCUGCCAGGGCAACAUAUUCAGUUUUGGGAGAUAUACUAGGCUCUGCAAUGCACAACCUCCAGAAUCUUCUAAGGAUGCCCUAUGGUUGUGGAGAACAAAAUAUGGUUCUUUUUGUCCCUAACAUCUAUGUCCUGAAUUAUCUGAAUGAGACACAACAGCUGACAGAGAAGAUCAAGUCCAAAGCCAUCAGCUACCUUGUCAGUGGGUAUCAAAGGCAGUUGAAUUAUAAGCACAGAGAUGGUUCAUACAGCACCUUUGGAGAGUAUGAUGGUACAAGACAGGGAAACACUUGGCUCACUGCAUUUGUGCUCAAGUCCUUCGCUCAAGCUCAGUCAUACAUCUUUGUGGAGAAAUCACACAUCACAGAUGCUCUCACCUGGCUCUCACAGAAACAAAAGGAAAAUGGCUGUUUCCAACUCUCUGGAUCACUGCUAAACAAUGCUAUUAAGGGUGGGGUAGAUGAUGAGGUGACACUCUCUGCCUACAUCACCAUUGCUCUGCUGGAGAUGCCACUGCCUGCCACUCAUAAUGUUGUCCGUAAUGCUCUAUUCUGCUUGGAAACAGCCUGGGGCUCCAUUUCAGAGACCCAAGGAAUUCAUGUGUAUACCAAGGCAUUAUUGGCCUAUGCCUUUGCCCUAGCAGGACAACAGGCCAGGAGGAGUGAACUGCUUGAAUCCCUAGGCAGAGAGGCUGUGAAAGAAGAGGAUUCAAUGCACUGGCAACGUCCUGGGAGCCCCCAAGAAGUUAAGACACUCUAUCAACCUCGGGCACCUUCUGCUGAGGUGGAGAUGACAUCAUAUGUUCUCCUUGCUUAUCUCACCACCCAGCCCACCCCAUCUUCAGAGGACCUGUCUGUGGCAUCACGUAUUGUGAAAUGGAUCAUCAAGCAACAAAAUCCCUUUGGAGGAUUCGCCUCCACUCAGGAUACAGUGGUAGCUCUCCAAGCACUCUCCAAAUAUGGAGCAGCAACUUUCACAAAAAGUAAGAAGGCAGUUUCAGUCACUGUCAAAUCUUCUAACACAUUCUCUGAAGAAUUCCACAUAGAUGAUGACAAUCGCCUGCUACUGCAGGAGGUCAUGCUGCCUGAGAUUCCAGAGGAUUACGACACCACAGUGUUGGGGUCAGGAUGUGUGUACCUCCAGACUUCACUAAGAUAUAACAUCCUUCCCAAGAAAGAAGGGAAAGAUCCCUUCACUCUGCACGUUGAUUCUCAUCCCAAAAAUUGUGAUGGAGUAGAUGCUCACAGGAAAUUCCAGAUUCAUAUCAACAUUAGUUAUGCUGGUGAAAGACCCAACUCCAACAUGGUUAUUGUGGAUGUGAAGAUGAUAUCAGGUUUCAUACCUGUGAAACCAUCAGUGAAAAAGCUUCAAGAACAGCCUGAGAUUCAAAGGACUGAAGUGAGCACCAAUCAUGUCCUAAUCUACCUUAGGAAGCUAACCAAUCAAGCCCUGAGUUUCUCCUUCUUGGUGGAACAAGACAUGCAAGUAAAGAAUUUAAAACCAGCUAUAGUAAAAGCCUAUGAUUAUUAUGAGACAGAUGAAUACACUAUUGAAGAAUACAGUGUCCCUUGCAGUGCUGAAUCUGAACAAGGAAAUGCUUGA